AUGUUUUACGCCCAGUUGAGAACCAAGACCAAGGCUGAAUGGAAGGUGAUGGAGGUGGCCAAGGAGGCUGAACUGCAACGCAAAAGUCAACAUAUCAUUGGUGUUAUCGAGCAAUGCUCUUCCGGUCUGAGCUACAAUUCUCCUUUUCAGACUCCUCGCAACAAUAUUCAAUUCGAUAGACCAAGGCUUAUGGGCUACAUGACGCAUUCUGGAGGUCAUCACACCAGCCUGCAGAACGUUCUGAACAGCGAACAAGUAGCUGUUGCGGGGGCUUUCGACGAUAGAAGCGCAACUGCGCUUGACCUUCCACACGGCAACAAUGGGACGGUAUAUCGGCAAGGCGACUGUCUGGCCAUUAUGCAAUACGCGAGACUGCUCCAGCCGUAUGCUGAGAGACAGGAGUUCUGUCCUCAGGUCGGCUACCAGUGGCCGCGCGGUCACAUCGGGCGCCCAAUCAAUGCUGACCUACACAUUCAAUAUCUGUGGGCUCCACGAACUCGGAAGCAUGCCCUAGAAAUACUCCAAAAGACGAAUUCCGUGCACUAUGCCAUCGCCAAUACAUUUGACAUGCCUCGUUCAAAACUUUCAUAUCCGUACUUGAUCGAAGGCAAGAUGUCCUCACGCUUGGGCACCGAAGUCCAACUCGCCUUGCUCAUCUUAAUUCUCCUAAACGCAAGGAUGAUGGACUCGCACUCUGAGACUAACAACAUCGUUGCACGAAACCAGAAAGUUCCAACCAGCAGAGACAUCCAUGUCCUCAUCAUUCAUAUCAUCCUGCCAAGAGACCGAAUCCUCAGCACUCAUUCAAUCCCAUCCCAAGCUACCAAGUCUCCGAAUCUUACAUUCUCCCAGUUGACCAUCACUUCGCGCCUACCAGAUCAUACUAACACUCGCCAAUGA